CCGGGUACCAGCAGCCGUUUGGCCCGCUAAACUCAGCUGUUCUGUUCUUCCUUCGCGCACCUGCAGGACAUUUCUUUUGCUCGACACUUCUCUUUCCUGCCCUCUCUUCCUUGCUUCCUGCAGCACUACCUCCCUCGUCCUGGCACCAUCGACAACACUGGCCAUGUCUGUGCCGUCUGCUAUCGAUCGCCGCUCUUUCAAUGCCUCCCCCGCGGCUGGGCUCCGUGUGGGCCACAGGAGAGACAGCCCUUCGAUUUCCGCGCCCUCUUCGCCUGUUCAGCUCCCGCUCGCCUCGUCCUCCAGCAUGACCUUCUCCGAGAGCGCACCCGUCCCCUCCGCGCAGCCCAACCGUCUGUCUGUCUAUCCGAUGCUGCCUGGCUCGCGCUCGUCUGUCUCGCUCUACGGCUCCGGCGGCGGUCAGCAGCGGCCGGUCUCGAGCUACCACGGCCGCACGCCGUCUGUUGCGCCCCCUGCAAGUUUCGACCAGGCGCAUCUCAUUGGCUCUCUUGGAGCUGCAGGCCAGCACGCACUGGUCGCACACGACAAGACUCUCGAGCUCUACCGAGCAAACGCAAAGCGCACGAACGAUCCGACCGUGCAGUUUGAAUUCGCGCAGUUCCUCAUCCGAUCUGCGCUCACCAUCCCGUUAAACCCCGACGGCAGCAGCACCACCAGUGGCAAGCCGUCUUCUUCUUCUUCUCCACACGAACCCAUUGAUCGCCCUCCCUCUGCAGGCUCGUUGCAUGGUCUGCCAAACGGACUCGGUCGACAGCCUCUUCACAAAUCUCAGAGCUCAAUGUCAGCGACCUCGCAGAGCAGUAGCGGCUCGAUCCACAGCGCACCGUCGAUGUUCACCGCCGACGAGUCAACGUCGACGCCAAUGACGUCGAUGGCGAGUUCGUCUACUGCUGCGACGGGCAUGACGAGAUCGCAGUCUGACGGACUCUCGAACCCGUCGUCGCUGCCAAUUGAUCCGGCCAAGAAGCGCGAGAAGCUGCUGCGCGAGGCGGCGGCCGUGCUGCGGAAACUCGCCGAUCGGAGUCACCCCGAUGCACAGUAUCUUUUGGCGGACGCCCUAUCGUCUGGUCUUCUUGGCCGUCGUGACCUGCGUGAGGCGUUUGUGUUGUUUGUUUCGGCUACAAAGCACGGUCAUUCGGAGGCGGCCUACCGAGCAGCGCUGUGCUACGAGGAAGGAUGGGGCACUGCGACCGAUGUUCGGAAAGCGGUGCAGUUUUUGCGCGUGGCGGCGGCCAAGAACCAUCCUGGUGCGAUGCUGAAACUCGGAGUUGCGUGCUAUUACAAUCAGCUCGGUCUUGCGCACAAGCAACGCGACGGUGUGAGAUGGCUGUCGCGCGCUGCGGAGACCGCGAACGAGAUCUUCCCGCAGGCGCCUUAUGAGCUUGCAGGGAUUUACGAGAAGGGAUUUUUGGAUAUCAUUAUUCCCGAUGAAGCAUAUGCUGCGCAGCUGUAUGUCAAAUCCGCUGAACUCGGAUAUGCGCCCGCAGCUACUCGCCUGGGGUACGCCUACGAAAACGGGAUCUUGACGUGUCCUCAGGAUCCUGCAUUGUCAGUACAUUAUUACACCAUCGCCGCGUUGGCCGGAGAUCCACAAGCCAUGCUGUCGCUGUGCGCAUGGUACAUGGUCGGCGCGCCGUCGGUGCUCGAGCGCAACGAGGAAGAAGCAUUUGAGUGGGCGCGCAAGGCGGCCGAAGUGGGUCUUCCCAAGGCGAUGUUUGCCGUGGGACAUUUCUGCGAGGCCGGAGUCGGCACGAAGCGCGACAUGCUCGAGGCGAAUGUGUGGUAUACACGCGCGGCAGAGCAUGGCGAGGAGCGCGCGACGACGAGGUUGAACGUGCUCAACGGGCGGAACGCGAAUGCGCAGGGCAAAGAGGGUGAGAAGAAGAAGAAGAAGGAGAGGAAGGCGAAGGAUAAGGAGAACGCGACGGUCGCCGCGCCGGCGGCUGCUGCUUCUACGGGGGCGAAAACUCAAGGGCAGAAGGAGAAGGAGGCUGAUAACAAGGACUGUGUUAUUAUGUGAUGAUGCUCAUAACCGGAUGAUCCUUUAUGCAUGGUUCGAGUUGGUGUUUUCUAUUUUUUUUCUUGUUAUUAUAAUUUUCCAGGUCACUAAAAUGUCUAUAAUUAUGUGCUUUUUGUUGGGUUUGUCACACUGCUUUUUUUCACAACAUUCUUUUGUUUUCAAAUUGCAUGUAUUCGUUCUCCGGUAUUUUUUGGGCUUGUGAAAAAAAGACAUGGAAGUACGUCUUCAUUUCAUAUCUCUUUCUAAUGUUUUUUUGGGUUGUCGUCAAGUAUAUAUAUUGUUAAUCAAUAAUGGGAAUGAAUCACUUCCGGGAACGAACAAAACUAAUGUAUUGGUUGGUUGAUUUUUUUGUCAAUCGGUGCAGAGCGACGGGAGAUGAGAUCGCUCGCGAGGAUGGGUGGUUUGUGGGGUGGAAGUGGAAGUUGCUACGCGUUGUA